AGAGGUAGAGGCAGCAAGAGGGAGAGAGACAAGAGAGGGGGAAUCCAGGUCAGCUGAGCAGCGUGGGGUGCAAGUCUGAUGGGCAGCCUCUCCAUGCGGACGGUAACUUUUUACCUCACUGUUGCAGAGAAAUCUUUUUCUUUUCUGCUGGACAUGGUAGCCUGUGGCAAACACGAUUUUUUUUCGGGAAACAACUAAAAACUGGGUCGUUUGUUGAUACCUUCUACCGUUCUCGGAGCUCUCUCUGCUGCGCGCGCCUCCAGAUGUUUCGCGUCUCGCGAGGGAAUUCAUUGGUCUUUUAAAAAGGGGCGAACGCGCUGUGUGUGACAUGUAUGCCUUCACUCCCACACAGCUACCCGCUCAACCAUAACUGACUGUCAUGGAACUCAUUUAGCUUACUUCUGACAACAACUGCGAGGGAAGGCAGAAGAGAAAUAAAGGAAGCGGCGGCAGAAGAUAUUUGUUGGAUGUUCGUUAGCGGUGCCCAUUGAAACAGGCGGUUGAAGAAUGGAGUUGGCUCUGUUCCUGCCGCUGCUCUUUGUCAGGAUGAGUUUGUUUGCACUCUGGAAUGCGAGCCCCUCGCGACAGACCCUGCGCGAGGACUACAACAGUGAGAAUGUAAUUGACCUGCUGGAGGGGCUGAACGUGACUCGCGGUGGCGUCAAGGGCGUGUCCAAGGUGAAAGGUCAGGAGGCGGGGCUGGUGGCGUGGCGUUUCCGCUCCCGCACCCCACACCUGGUCUUACCGCGCGAACACACCCUGUACCUCCUGAGCUCCGCCCACGGCUCAUUGGGCUUGCACCUCAUUGGCCAACAGGCCCGCCAGUCGACUGCAACGCUCCUGUCGAUGAUGUCACGUGGUCAGCUGCUUCUGCGCCUCAUCUCCUGCACGCGAACAGACACUCUGCGACUCGAGUAUCCCAAAGAGCACCAGAAGCGCUCAUCCUCGGACGCGCCCGGCAUACACUCUGUAACGCUGCCCGGCGGCUCACCCUUCACCAGGGGAGGCUGGGUGCAGAUGGCCCUGGGUCUGGAGCCCAAGAGGGUGACCCUGUACACCAGCUGCUCACAGGAAGUGGUGGUGGAGCUGUCGCAGCCCGGUGAGGUCAUCAACCUGCGACUGCCUGUUGACCUGCAGGUGGUCUUCGCCAGCGAGCCGGAGGACGCCAACAGUAAAUUCAGUGGCUCCUGGCAGACGGCAGAGAUCUCCACUCGUGUGUAUCAGAGGCGUCCGUGGUCGUGUCCUAAUAUCACAGAACCUCUCCCUCCUCCCACUGUAAGAAGCGAGACCCCACAGACUUCCUCUCCCCCCAUGCUCUUGGACGACAGAGUGGGUGUGGCUAAUGACCAGCCGCAACGAGUGGUGCUGGGGGCCCCGGCCCGCAAAGGCCAGUCUCCGACGCUCACCCCUGCGGAGGUACCCUCCAACGCACACAGCAGCCACGGGGAGCGCAUCGGCAGGCUAGAGGAGCGCCUAGACGGGGUUCAGACCAUGCUGGACAUGCUCAAGAACCAGAACGUGGAGCUGACGGAGCGCGUGCGGUUCCUGGAGACGUGUGAGUGUGUGAGGCGCGUGUGUGUGUGGGAGGGGGUGGAGGUGGAGUCGGGCAAGACCUGGGAGACGGACACACACGCCACCUGCACCUGCACCAACGGAGAGGUGCACUGUAGCGCCGCCGUGAAGGAGUGUGUGUACGACGGCAAAUCCUACAAGACUGGUGAGGAGUUCAAGCCUGACUGCUGCGCCACAUGUGUGUGCCAGAAUGGCCAGAUGAAUUGCAUCAGGGAGACGUGUUUAACCCUCUCCUGUCGGGAGCAGUAUGUUCCAGAUGGAGAAUGCUGUCCUGUCUGCAAAUCAGGUUGUAGGUACGAGGAGCGCUGGUAUGAGAAUGGAGGGGUGUUUGUGUCGGAGGCCAACCCCUGUCUGAACUGCUCCUGCACCAAUAACCAGGUGAAGUGUGCCUCCAUCCAAUGUGAAGCCCCUCGCUGCCCAAACCCUUUCCAUCCCCCAGGAGAGUGCUGUCCAACCUGCACAGCCUGUGACCUGGAUGGCCGACCCUUCAACAACACUCCCAUCAUCAGCACUCUUGAUGGAUGCCAGACCUGUACUUGCCAGAAUGGAAUUGUGUCCUGCGAUGCGAUCCAGCGCUGCACCAAGCGGUGUGUUGACGAUGGCCUCUGCUGCCGACAUCAGCCUGGCCUGGUCCUUCUCGAUGGAGUGGCCUUCCCUGACCCGCGCGAUAGCUGCAGGCACUGCGUCUGCACUGAGGGCCAUGUGGUGUGUACAGGUGUGUCUUGUCCUCCGCUGGACUGCUCUCUGGUGGAAACAGUCGGAGGAGUCUGCUGCCCUCGCUGCAGAAGUUGUGUUUUGGAUGGCAUCUGGCAUGAGCAUGGUUCACAGUGGAGUCAUUCAAACGACCCCUGCAGUGUGUGCACUUGUCUGGAAGGGCAGGUUCACUGUGAAACGCAGGACUGCGGCCCACCCUGCCCCUACCCAUCCAGUCCCCGCCCUGGCACCUGCUGCCCCGUUUGCAAUGGCUGUGGUGUAAAUGGCCUGGACUUUUUAAAUGGUGAUCGUGUGCCAAAUGGGGAUCGCUGUGAAGAGUGUGUUUGUGUGAGUGGGGACCUACACUGCAAGCCUCUCCCCUGCCCUGCCACACCCUGCCCUCGUCCAAUCAAACGACCCGGAGAGUGUUGCCCACGUUGUGAGCAGUGUGAGUAUGAGUCUCAGGUGUAUGCUGAUGGCCAGAUCAUUCCCUCCAGAAGAGACCCCUGUGUUAGCUGCCGCUGCUCAGCAGGAGAGGUGCUAUGUGAUCGUCUAGACUCUCAAUGUCCUGAUGUUCGCUGCACUCAUCCAACUAAACCACAAGGACAGUGCUGUGCCUCCUGUGAGAUGUGUGAGUAUGAGCGGAGAGUGUAUGCAGACGGUAAAGUGUUCCGGCCACCAGGAAGUGGGCCUUGUGUAGAGUGCACCUGCAAGAGAGGAAGUGUGAGGUGUCACAAGGAGAGGUGUCCCCCUACGCCUUGCACUAACCCCAUCAGAGACCCACAACUAUGCUGCCCGGUGUGCAAAGUUUGUCUGCUGGACGGUGUGGAGCUGGAGGAGGGCUCGGAGUGGGAGGUGGAGUGCAACAGGUGUGUGUGUGAGGACGGAGAGGUGGUGUGUCGCUCCGCCCACUGCCCCCCUGUCACCUGCCAACACCCCUCCAAAACCAACGGUGAUUGCUGUGCCGCCUGUGACCGCUGUUCCUAUAAUAACCGCAUCUAUGAGAACGGACAGACAUUCACUGACCCCGACAACCCCUGCCAAAGGUGCUCUUGCCAGGAUGGAACAAUGCAGUGCUCAGGGAUUGAGUGUCCACAGCUCAAGUGUUCAAAUCCAUAUAAACCCCCAGGACAAUGCUGCGCACAGUGCCCAGACUGUAACUUUGAGAACCGUGUGUUUGUGAGCGGAGAGCAGUUCCCCAACCCUCUGCAGCCGUGUGAGGACUGUGUGUGUGUGGACGGCAGGGUGGAGUGUAACGCCCACCAGUGCCCCACGCCCAACUGCCAUCACCCACUGCCCGCCUCCUGCUGCCAGAACAACUGCAAUGGCUGCAGUUAUGCUGGUAAGGAGUAUCCCAAUGGAGCAGAGUUCCCCCACCCUACAGACAAAUGCAGACACUGCCACUGCAUUAAUGGGAAUGUGCAGUGUCUUAUGAAGAGGUGUCCAGCUGUGCAAUGCCUCGAGCCGCACAGAGUACCGGGAGAGUGCUGUCCCCAGUGCCCAGCGCCUCCUGCAAACUGUGUGUAUCUGGGCCACUCGUACCAGCACACCCAGCGCUUCUACCACCCCACCGACAGCUGUCAGUCAUGCUCCUGCUCCAAUGGCACGGUGAGCUGCGUGCGUAAGCCCUGCCCCCUGGCCAACUGCGUGCACCCCAUUCACCAGGACUGCUGCAGCACAUGUGACGGGUGUCUGUAUGAUGGACGAGAGCAUCCUAAUGGGGGUGUGUUUCCGGACCUGUCAGACCCGUGCGGGGUGUGCGUGUGUCGAGGCGGCACGGUCAAGUGUGAGAGGAAGCGCUGCCCCCUGAUCACCUGCCCCUUCCCCAUACAGAGAGAGUGCUGCCAGAGCUGCGAUGGAUGUCUGUAUGCUGGUGUGGAGUACCAGAGUGGCCAGGAGUUUGUGGACCCGGCCUCUCCGUGUGGCGUGUGCGUGUGUGUGAACGGCAGAGUCACCUGCAACCCCAAGCCCUGCUACAACCCCGGCUGCACACACCCCGUCACCGUGCCAGGACAGUGCUGCCCGGUCUGUGAUGGCUGUCUCUAUGACAACACUGUGUUGCUGAGUGGACAGGUGUUCCCAGAUGCCAGAAACCCCUGCUCCGAAUGCAGCUGCAGAGAAGGCACUGUGACGUGUUCAAGAAGGGCGUGUCCUACAGCCACCUGCCCCCAUCCUGUUCCUGGUCCAUGUGACUGUCCUGCGUGUGAAGAUUGCCACUUCCAGGGGGAGGUGUAUGUGGAUGGCCAGAGUUUCUCUGCCCCCAAAGCUAACUGUGAUGUCUGCACAUGCUCAAAAGGCCGUGUGACGUGCUCCACGCGAGGGUGUGCGAAGGUGACGUGUAGCCACCCGGCACUGGACGGCUGCUCCUGUGGCACGUGUGAUGGCUGCCUGUUCCACCAACGUUACUGUGGCAACGGAGAGCGCUUCCCCCACCCACAGGACCCCUGCCAACGCUGCACCUGCCUGAAUGGUGGUGUGACAUGCGCUCCGCCCACCUGUCCGUCGUUGACCUGUUCUCGGCCGGUGCGACCCCCUGGGGAGUGUUGUCCCGUCUGCACAGGUGUGUGUCAGCAUCUGGGACGAGUACAUGACAGCAGCACCACCUUCACACACCCCAACGACCGAUGCUCCACCUGCACAUGCAUAAACGAGGUGGUAACAUGUCAGAGGAAGACGUGUGCUAAGCAAUGCACCCACCCAGUGAGGACGCGAGACUGCUGCCCGGUGUGUGAGGGCUGUGUGUAUGACGGCCAGGAGUACACGCAUAAGCACACCUUCACACCUCGCGGCCGCCCCUGCGACAGGUGUGUGUGUGUGAGCGGGAGUGUGACCUGUAGCCCUCGCACCUGCCCCGUGCUCUCCUGCUCCAACCCACACACACCACCCGGGCAGUGCUGCCCUGAAUGCAGAGUGUGCUCGCAGAAUGGGGUGGAGUUCAUGGAGGGCCAGACAUGGAACCCCAAGAAUGACCCAUGCCAGAAGUGCACAUGUGCGCCCCUCAGUAACUGCACUGCCACCCUUAUUGGGAAUGAGGUUUUAGCUACAGAUGACCCCUGCUUCACAUGCCAGUGUAAGGACCUUACGUGGACGUGUAUCCAUCAGUCGUGUGUGCCCCUCACUUGCCCUCCGAAGGAGCAGUACACUCCCCCAGACUCCUGCUGUGCCGUCUGUGAUGAAUGUCUGAUUGAAGGAGGGAGAGAGAGAGUGUCAAAUGGACACAGCUGGACAGACAGCUCAAAUGAAUGUAUCACCUGCACCUGCAACCUGGGCUACAUCGAGUGUGAGAUAGAGGAGUGUGUCCCGCUGGUGUGUAAUGAUGGCUGGGUGACGGUCAAACCACCGGGGAAGUGCUGCCACGAGUGCCAAGACUCGGGCAGGUCGUGUGAGUACCAGGGCCAGGUGUAUGCCAGUAAUGAGCACUGGCAGGUGGAUGAGUGCACCAGCUGCACCUGUGUGUCAGGAGAAGUCCACUGCCAGACAGAGAGAUGCCCCCCGACCAACUGUGCUGCUGAUGAAACUCCAGCCCUCAUCCCAGGGAUGUGUUGUCCCCACUGCCUGCCUCGUCCGGCCACCUGCAUCGCCUUUGGGGACCCCCACUACCGCACCUUCGACGGCAGGAUGGUCAACUUCCAGGGCUCCUGCACCUACGUACUCACUGAGGACUGCCAUGGGGGAGACUUUAGCAUUCACGUCACUAAUGAUGCCCGUGGUCGCAAGGGUGUGUCCUGGACCAAGGAGGUGACCCUCUUCAUCGCUGACAUCGUCGUCACCCUACAGCAAAACUGGGUUGUCAUGGUUGACUCAAAGGUGGUUUCCCUACCCUACCUUAAGGAACCCUAUGUGUAUGUGGAACGCAAAACCAACACCAUUCUCUUGAACACCAACAUUGGGUUAAAGGUGCAGUGGAAUGGUCGCUCCCACCUGGAGGUGAGUGUUCCAGGGACGUAUAAGAAGCACACCUGUGGCCUGUGUGGAAACUUCAACAACUUCCCUCAAGAUGACCUGAGACUGCGGAACGGCCAGGUCACCUCAUCUGAAGCCGCCUUUGGCAACAACUGGAGGGUGGACAGUCUGAACGGCAGUGUGUGUGCGCUGGAGGCUGAGGAUGUGAACCCCUGUAAGUCUGCAGGCUACUCCGCCCGCAAGUCGGCCAACGCACGCUGCGCUGUCCUAAAGGGAUCCAUGUUUGAGCGCUGCCACAAGGUGGUUCUGCCGGAGAUGUUCUUCGCGGCGUGUGUGUACGACCUGUGUGCGUGCGGGGCCAACAGUGAGGAGUGCUUGUGUGAUGCGCUGGAGGCCUACGCUUCAGAGUGCAGAGAAGCUGGGGUCAUACUGCAGUGGAGGUCCACCUCACUCUGUGCGGUGGGCUGCCCGGUGGAUCGCGGGUUCGUGUUUGACGAGUGUGGUCCUCCGUGUGCGGUGACGUGCGUUACGCGUGACGUGCCACUGGGCGUGAUCGAGGCCCAGUGCUUCAAGCCCUGUGUGCCAGGCUGCCAGUGCCCCGCGGGCAGAGUACUCCACGACAACCACUGCAUACGGCCCACCAAGUGUCCCAACAUCAUACACAACACCACAUAACACACA